GACUAUCCAUUGAGUAAACAGUGCCGUUCUAUUAACGACGCCGUUGUUGCUUUUCGAAAAAAAAAAAUAUUGGCGGCGGCUAAAGUUAUCCUCUCCUUUUUGUCAGAGAAGCCAAGCUGUAAAUGGCCAUAAGGCCCUUCAAUUUCGCGACAUUAUCUCUUCACCACCACCGUCUCCAUCGCCGCUACCUCUCUUUCAUAUUUUCCCCUUCUCCCCUCUCAUCCUCCGUCCCCCUCUCCUUUCUCCGCGGAAUCACCUCCAAAACCACCUCCGCCUCUCCCGUCUCUCAACAACAACAACAAAAAAAGUGCGUUUUGUUAAAGGAGCUAAAAGAAGCCGAAACCCUGGAUCAGAAGAUCGGAAAAGCCAUUAGGCGCUCUGGCGCUCCUUCGAAGUCUAGGGUUUACGCCGAUGUCAACGUUAUUCGCCCUAAAGAUUAUUGGGACUACGAGACCCUCACUGUCCAAUGGGGCAGUGAACAGGACGAUUAUGAGGUGGUGAGGAAGGUUGGGAGAGGGAAAUAUAGUGAGGUUUUUGAGGGGGUUCACUGCACCGAUAACGAGAAAUGCAUUAUCAAGAUUCUCAAACCGGUUAAGAAGAAGAAGAUUAAAAGGGAGAUCAAAAUACUGCAGAAUCUUUGUGGAGGGCCAAAUAUUGUGAAGUUGCUGGAUAUAGUUAGGGAUCCUCAAUCGAAGACUCCGAGUCUUAUAUUUGAAUAUGUGAAUAAUACUGAUUUUAAAGUGCUUUAUCCAACACUGACUGAUUAUGAUAUGCGGUAUUAUAUCUAUGAACUUCUGAAGGCAUUGGAUUAUUGCCACUCGCAAGGUAUUAUGCAUCGAGAUGUGAAGCCACAUAAUGUGAUGAUUGAUCAUGAGCAGCGUAAACUUCGUCUUAUUGACUGGGGACUUGCAGAAUUCUAUCAUCCGGGAAAAGAAUACAAUGUUCGUGUUGCUUCAAGAUAUUUUAAAGGUCCUGAGCUUCUUGUUGAUUUGCAAGACUAUGAUUACUCUUUAGACUUGUGGAGCCUUGGCUGUAUGUUUGCUGGAAUGGUAUUUAGGAAGGAGCCAUUCUUCUACGGGCAUGAUAAUUAUGAUCAACUGGUCAAGAUAGCUAAGGUUCUUGGAACAGAUGGAUUAAACGCUUAUCUGAAUAAGUACCGCAUAGAAUUGGAUCUGCAUCUGGCGGCCCUUGUUGGGAGGCAUAGUCGUAAACCUUGGACAAAGUUUAUUAAUGCUGAAAAUCAACAUCUAGCCUUGCCCGAGGCCAUUGACUUUGUUGAUAAGCUGCUUCGAUACGAUCAUCAAGAAAGGCCAACUGCUAAAGAAGCAAUGGCUCAUCCUUAUUUUCACCCAAUUAGGAAUGCGGAAAGCAGCAGAACUCGAACGUAGCAACUGCCAGUUUCAUCUUAAUGAUAUUAAAGCAAUUGACAAAUCUUCUUUUUGUGGUUUGGCUGGUUCCUAAACCCUGUCUUUGUAGCGGGAUCGAAUAUUUGAUUAUUUAUAUGUGCUUUGAUUGAGAACCAACUCUUUGUAUGUUUGGCUGAAAGGGAAAUUUCAGUUUGUUUCUGACCUUCCA